AUGACUGGACAUGGAGCUGGCUAUGGCCAGGUGAUUGAAUACAUCCAGGAUCGAUUAUACCUGGCCUCCUAUGACCACCCUCCGGAUGCGAAAACCCCCUUUCCUUACCCCUCCGAGAAGUCGAAAUCUCCAAGCAAGCGUCGAGCACAAGCAGCGAGCCCAAGCAAGAAACGCAGCCCUGUCUAUUUCACCGUCGAUGACACCCUCCUUUACAACUCGUUCCACGCAGACUUCGGGCCCCUCCACAUCGGCCAUCUGUACCGCUUUGCCGUCCACUUCCAUGACCUGCUCGGCGACCCCGCGAAUAAUGACCGCGCAGUAGUCUUCUACUCGCGGACAGAUGCCAGAAGCCGUGCAAACGCGGCCUGCCUGGUUGCUUGCUACAUGGUCCUGAUCCAGUCUUGGCCACCCCAUCUUGCACUCGCGCCCAUUGCGCAGGCGGACCCUCCGUACAUGCCGUUUCGUGAUGCUGGAUAUAGUCAAGCGGAUUUCAUUCUGAACAUCCAGGAUGUUGUAUACGGUGUUUGGAGAGCUAAGGAGCAGGGCUUGUGUGGAUUGCGGGAUUUUAGCCUUGAAGAAUACGAGAAGUUUGAACGAGUCGAUAUGGGAGAUUUCAACUGGGUCAGUCCCCAAUUCCUCGCCUUCGCCUCUCCGCAACACCAGCCAGUAGCUCCAGUACCUCGCGAUUCACCAGAAUUUGCCGCCUUGCCAUCCACCGUAUCCGAACUUGCCUCCUCUCGACUACCUCUUCCUUUCAAAAACGUUCUGGCGCACUUUGCGACCCGCGAUGUCGGUCUAGUUGUACGACUGAACUCCGAACUAUACUCGCCGUCCUAUUUCACUGCGAUGGGAAUCGCUCACAUCGAUAUGAUUUUCGAGGACGGAACCUGCCCUCCACUUCCGCUGGUCAAGAAGUUUAUCAAGAUGGCUCACGACAUGAUCAAUAUAAAGCACAAGGCGAUUGCUGUACACUGCAAAGCUGGCCUCGGCCGCACAGGCUGCCUGAUUGGAGCCUACUUGAUCUACCGAUAUGGAUUCACAGCCAACGAGGUCAUUGCCUUUAUGCGUUUUAUGCGCCCUGGCAUGGUGGUUGGUCCACAGCAACAUUGGCUACAUCUCAACCAGGGAUCUUUUAGAGAGUGGUGGUUCGAGGAUUCCAUGAAGGAGAAGCUUGCUCAGCUGCAACCAAACCCCGUCACACCUGGCCGUUCACCGGCGAAACAUCGCCCAACCAGCGGGGCUGUUACCACCCCGCCGAACAAUGGACACUCAAAGCGGGCUGCGCUUGGCGAGAUUGAUCACAAUGAGGCUGGCGCUGUCAACCCUGAAGAGAAUCUGCCAGCUCCUACACCAGGGCAGCCUCGCAAGUCUCACAGGAAAGACUCCCGUCACCACCCUUACUCUCGAACUGCAUCAGGAGGUCUUGUUAUGGACAAGGAAGCGAAGAGAGCGAGCGAGAAGACUAGCAGAGGGAGCAGCGAAAGCAGCGAGAGUGAAGAGGAGGCCCAACUCCGGAUGCUCGCCAAGCGCCCAUCGAAGUCACCUUCUGCCUCACCGGGACAGCGCUCCAUCAGCUAUUCAGCAACCGUCACUGCCAGCUAUACGCUGAACGAUGACAUUCACGAGGACAGAGAGAACUGGGGCGGCGCGACGCAAGCUGUUCCCAAGACCCCGGUCAGCAGCAAGUCCACCGGUGCUCCUAUUUCCGUCGGCAAAGUGCGGUCCAGUUCUCGCCGGGUUACCGAAAGCCGCAGCGAUUCGAAAGGCAUUCGGAAACAGAGUGGCCGCAUCGGCAGCUCUGGGAGUCCCGUGCGCGUCAAAGCCUAA